CACCAUAUAUCAAUUGUUAUAAAGUCACUGGCUCAGUCAGGGCUCAGUAAAUCUGUUCUCAACAAGCAACGACGAUGGAUGCGUUGAAUAAAUAAAUGUGGAACCAGUGUGGAACCCAUUCCUUGUUUCGGUUUGGGCCGGCGGGCAGUUCUUCGAUCAACCAUCAUGCCAACACUGGUUGAAUCCAAUUUGACUGUACGGCUUUUGUCUUGAUCCCUGCUGGAUUUCAAACUAGUCCUCACACUUUUCGUCUUUCUCUACUAUGGCGUUAUCCCCCAGUUCAGCAACACUCACCGCGGCUGCGCCACACCAACCACACCUUGCAUCGGAGUAUGACUAUCCAUUUACCGAUGGCUCGCGGACCCCCACCAAAGCACAAUCGUAUGCGUACCACAAUUCCGAAACCGCUUAUUCAGGUGUCGCUGGAAGUCAGGCAGGUCCAAGCCUUGCCACGGGUGAAGCGCAAGACUUAACGCAUCUCCUUCCGACUACGGAUAGGAAGAAAAAUCAAUAUAUUCCUGUGGCUUUGCGCUUGCCCAUACUGAUCGGCGUGCCAUUAUCCUUGCUUCUGCUGGCUGUGGGACUAGAGGCGGCAAUUCUCUUUUCACAGAGACACAACGGAUUCAGCGUACCGGAGAAGAAUGUGAUCAGCUUUGCUUCAGCACAAUUCUUAUUGUCAUUCGUUCCUACGAUGAUCGUCAUCCCCCCAGCUUGGUUUUACCGCGUGUUGGAUUGGCAUAUCAGAUGGUAUCAACCAUACGUUGUCAUGUCUCGUGGUAAUGCGAAGCCGCAGGAGUCAGUACUGUUGGAUUAUGUCACCCUUGGCCCGGUUUUGAGUAUCAUAAAUUCUGCCAAGUUCAAACAUCGCGUCAUAACUUGGUCCACUCUGACUGCACUUGCGACGUACAUCCUGCAACCACUUGCUGGAUCCAUGUUCCAGCUUCAGAACCUGAAUACACCGACAGAUACAACGGUCAACAGCACGCGAGCUAUUGGAUUGGCGGAUUUCUCCGAUUUGACUGCUUUCGUUUCUUCCGCGGGAUUUGCCGAGGCCGCUGUCUUCAACAGUCUGCCUGAUCCACCGUUCAUUCGCAACAGCUGGACCAUUGCUCAGUUUGAGUUCCCUAGUAAAGAUUACCUGAAUGGUACCAUGACAGUCAACACAACAGCCAUUCAAACGACGACCAAUUGCCUGGGCCCAGAAGGCACUCCUUCUCUUACAGCAACUGAUGACGGCUUUAUCAUCAACUCCACAUCGGCAGACGGGUGCACACAGACGGCAGAGGCAUCUAAUACAGCUGUUUCCUCGCAACAGUAUGGUGUUGUGAACGUCCCUGAUACCUGCAGCCAACUCAACAUUACACAAAGACCUGUCAUGUUCUGGUUCUUUCAUCAUGCGGCAGACGGUACCCCAGAGGCCAGGACGGUCUUUUGCAAACCUACUUUGCAGCUAUUUAAUGUGGAGGCGACGGCGAACUUGAACAACCAGUCUGUGGUUGGUGUGCUGGAACUGGAUAGCAAUGUACCGUCUAACAACGUCACUGGCCCCUUUGCGAAUAGUCCAUUCAAUGGUGUCAUAUUCGAGAAUCAAACGGAUCCUUUCAUUCAGGCUCGAGCGACUGCGACCACAAACGGUGUCCCUGGUGCAAUGUUUAGGUUUGCGGCCCAAUCUCCUGGUGGUGCCGAUGCCGUCUUCAGCGCCGACAAUUCCUUUCUGGAUAUCACAAACACGGUCUAUACGCUUUAUUUGGCAGUAGUUGCACAAUCCAUCUAUUUUGUACCACAAGACAGUACGAUGGAUGCUCAAUUGUCGUCGAUAGCCCCAAGACUGACUAUCAAUCCUCUACCUGGUCACGCUUUGGCCUUUUUCCUCUUUUUCAUCGGACUCGUGGGGGUCUUGGUACACAUUAUCAGCCGACGACAACGCAGAGGGCUAUACCUUUCCACACCUCCCGGUACAAUCGCCGCCACCAUUGCUUUGUCUGCCCAUUCUGGAUUCGGUGAACUUCUCAUGCCGACCGACGACGAAGAGACACUGGAACGCAAGUUGAGCGGUUUGCGGUUUAGUAUUGAUAAGAGGACAGGAGCAAUUGUUGCUACUGCUGCUAGUGUGUCGUCGUCAUCUAGGGAUUCGAAGAGGAUGUCGAGCAAGCCUGAACAAGAUGAAAUGAUGCAGUCGUUGUUGGGUUCUGAGCAUAAACGCCCUCCGAAUGAAGUAAGGAUGGGGUCUGAUCUAUCUGCGUCUUCUUCACAAGCUGCAUUCGAGGCUGCGUCAACUCAGGUUGGCUAUCCACCAACGAGGAGUCCCAGGGGUAUUUAUUAGUUUUACCAAUUGGUCGCUGUUGCGUAUGGACCUGUGCUUUGCUAAUUAUUAUCAAUACCCAGACAUUGUAAUUAGUAUACGCUUAUAUCUCGAUAUAUACAUAUGAUAAUUCUAUGCUGUACAGAUACAAUACCUUGUGUUGAGGAAUAAGAGGCUGCUCAAUGUGC